AUGCCCGCCAUUCCCAUCUUCAAGGACACUCCGAUCAACGCCUCUAAGGCGUCGGGAGCCACUCCACAGACCGAGGAACCGCAUUCCAACGUCAACCCUAACAACGCCUCUGAGCUAUCGCACAGUCAAGUCGGCGCACCCGUACCCGCACCCGCUCUCGCACCAUCGUCCACCUCCCAGCAGCCAUACCCGCCGGCACAGCCUGGUGCCACCCCAUCUCUCCCUGUUCAGACAGCUUCCGCGCAAGCAUAUCCUGCGCCGCGGCCAACUCCAACUCAGAGGACGGAUGAUGUCAGCCCUCCGCCGCCCCAGCCAGGUGCUGCGCCGGUGCCUGUAGCAGGCAUUCCGACGCUGCCUCCCCCUCCGAAGGCGGGCGAGGCCUACCAUCCACCAGCCCCGACGCCCGCAACUCAGGUCACUGCUCCUUACCCUCCACAAAUGGGCAUUCCUCCUCCAACCAUGUCUCACUCAGUAUUGCGAGGGUCUUCCACGUCUACUGCCAACGGACCUCAGAUGACUGGACCACGACCCAUUGCACUAGGAGGCGAUCCUGCAUCUAGCCUUGAACACCCCCCGGGAUAUCAGCAAGACGUUAGUGCGUCUGAGUUUAGCAGCCACCAAAGGGCUGCUCACCAAGCUGCGGUGAUUUCGUCUGCAGAGAGAGGAUUUCAAGCCCGGCCAGAUGAAGGGGUUUGGGACACGGCAAAAAAAUGGGCGCAAGCUGCUGGUGGCAGCCUGGCAGCAGCCGAGCAAGAGGUCUGGAGAAGGAUCAACAAAGACUAG